AUGACGCAGCAGGUUAGGCACUUUCUCGCACAGGGGUUCAUACAGCCAUCUAGGUCGCCUUGGGCAGCACCGAUCCUCUUCGCGCCUAAGAAAAAAGGAGGGUUACGGAUGUGCAUAGAUUACCGCGCACUGAACGCCGCCACCGUCAAGAAUAGGUUCCAAGUACCAAGAGUAGAGGAUCUCCUAGAUGCAGUGCAGGGCGCUAGAGUCUUUUCUAAGAUCGACCUUCGUUCGGGUUACAAUCAGAUUCGCGUAGUUCCAAAGGACCAGCACAAGAUGGCGUUUCGUACGAAGCAGUGGUUGUACGAGCUUGGGGUUCUUCCGUUCAGACUGACCAAUGCCCCAACGAUGGUCCAUACGCUUAUGAACACCAUCCUACCCGAGUUCCUAGGUUCGUUCGUUAUCGUGUACCUAGACAACAUACUGAUCUUCUCAAAGUUGAAAGAGGAGCACAUGCAGCACUUGCAGAGGGUCUUUGAGGUCUUGCGGAGGGAGAAGCUGUACGCGAAGCAGUCGAAGUGCACAUUUUUCUUUCUAGAGGUCGAAUUUAUAGGUCACGUCGUUUUUGUUAGUGGCGUUAGGACCGAUCCGAAGAAGAUCGCAGCAGUACAGGAUUGGGUGACAACGACCUCGGUCAAGGAGUUGCAGAGCUUUAUCGGAUUUGCGAAAUACUACCGCCGUUUCGUUCAGGGUUACGCUUCCAUCGCUAGUCCACUCACCGACCUACUUCGGAAGGGCGUAGAGUACGUUUGGGGUCCAGCGCAGUAG